UGGAGCCAGGAGAAAGCCUGAAAGGACCCAUUAACUCCGCACAGAGACUGCCUGCCUUCCCUGUGCUGGGUUGUGAAUGCGGUUCUAAUGACGGCUCCUUUCAUUGGUAGAAGGAAACGGUGAAACAUAGCAGCCAGAGUUGAGAGGAUUAUUUUUUUAAAUCGGUCGGAAAGGAUAUGUAUUGUUGAUGUUAUUUUUUGUAAGUGAUUGACAAACGUUGGCGCCGGUCUCAUGAGCCUGUUGGGUGGCUAUAAGAAAAAGACCAAUUACGAUGGAUACGAAUCUUUGCAGUUGGUCGAUAGCAGCGGUGACUUCAAUAACCGAGAGAGAAGCGGCAGCUCGAUACCAGCAAACCUAGCAGCUAGGGCAGGCCCAGUGACACCGGACGACUACAGCACCAUGGACAGCUCAGGUGCUUCAUCUCCAGAUAUGGACGCCAACUAUGGCGGGGGCCUGUUGGACAUGGUGAAGGGGGGAGCCGGCAAGUUUUUCAGCAACUUUAAGGACAACAUCAAAGAUACCCUAAAAGACACCUCCACCAAAGUCAUGCACCAAGUGUCAACUUAUACAAAAGGAGAGCUGGACAUUGCCUAUAUCACCUCUCGAAUCAUCGUGAUGUCAUACCCAGCCGACGCUGUGGAGAUCGAGGAUGUUCGCUCCUUCCUGGACUCCCGGCACAUGGACCACUAUACAGUCUUCAACCUAUCCCAGAGAAACUACCGUGGCGCAAAAUUCUCCAACAGGGUGUCAGAAUGUAACUGGCCUGCCCGUCAGGCCCCCAGCCUCCAUAACCUGUUUGCUGUCUGCAAAAAUAUGCACAACUGGCUCCGACAGAACCCCAAGAAUGUCUGUGUGAUCACCUGCACGGAUGGCCGAGCCCCCUCAGGAGUUCUGGUGUGCGCCAUGUUCUGCUUCUGUCACCUCUUCUACAACCCGGUCCCUGCCAUGCAGCUGCUCAGCGCCAAGAGACCCGGAUCCGGCCUCUGGCCCUCGCACAGGAGGUAUAUUGGCUAUGUCUGCAGCAUGGUGUCUGAGAAGCCAACGCUACCGCACUCCAAGCCUCUGGUCAUCAAAGCGGCCACUAUGAGCCCUGUCCCCUGCUUCAACAAACAGCGCAGUGGCUGCCGGCCCUUCUGCGACAUCCUUAUCGGUGAAACUAAGAUCUUUUCAACAGCACAGGACUAUGAGAGAAUGAGAGAGCACAAGGUGCAGGAAGGAAAGGUUGUGUUUCCUCUGGGUGUGAGUGUUCAUGGAGACGUGGUGGUCUCCGUCUUUCACAUGAGAUCUACCAUUGGAGGCCGGCUACAAGCCAAGGUGACAAACACACAAAUAUUCCAAAUACAAUUCCACACUGGGUUCAUUGCUCCAGGCACCACAAUAUUAAAGUUUACAAAGCCCGAGCUGGAUGCCUGUGACUCACCGGAGAAGUACCCCCAGCUCUUCCACGUGGUGCUGGAGAUUGAGGUGGAGAGUGCGGACAAGCAGAAGGACUUGACCCCACCCUGGGAGCAGUUCCCCAACAAGGACCUGAUUCCAAAUGUCCUCUUCUCCUGCCAGCAGGAGCACCAGGAUGCUCUGGCCAUUGCAGACCCCGGCAGGGACGGCCGCCCCGGGCAGACCACCCAGGAGAGCGAGCCCUCCGACGACGAAAUGCUGUCCCUGUCCAGCCAGCAGAGCAACACCAGCAGCGAGAAGCCCGGCGGCGCACAGGCCACGCCCAAAGGCGCCGCGAAGCCCGAGGUCCAGUCCCCCCCAGCCCCGCCCCCCGCCGAGGACGUGGACCUGCUGGAGUUGGACGGGGACGCGGGGGGCCUGGCUUGCUCCUCCCCCCAACCCCCCACCAACACCGACCUGCUCGGCGACCUGUUUGGAGCCCGCCCCCACCCAGACAGCGGUCCUGCCUCUGCCCAGUCCACCCCGCGAAGAACGGCGCCCUCCUCCUCUUCGCCCUGCCCCUCGCCCCGCUCUGCAGACAGUUUCGAUCCUUUCGGGUCGGGAUCCAGCCCCAAACCGCAGGAGUUUAUGGGCUCGUUUUUAGGGCCAGGUAAUGUGAGGCAGUCGGACCCUUUCCUGCAUGUGGCACGGUCACCAUCACCCACUGUGCAGAAUACAGGCAUGGGACGUAAUUCCCCAGUUCAUCCCACCACCCCUUCUGUCAAUAUUCAGCAGCAGAACACAAAGGGGGGAUGGGAGUGGAACAAACCUGCAGCUUCCGGAGGCUUUGGAAUGGGCAGCAGAUCAGCCAGCACCAGCCCCACUGGCUCCAUCCACAGCACUCCCACACAUCAGCCUAAGCCCAACACGCUGGACCCCUUCGCUGACCUUGGUGCUCUGGGGACAAAUCUGGGAGGUGGAUCAGGUUUCUCCAGCAAGCCAAGCACCCCCACCGGCUCAGGGGGAGCGUUCCCCCCGAUGGGGUCUCCGCAGCGGCCCUCUCCCCAGCACAUGGCGGGCGGGGGCUGGCAGCCCAGUACGGGCUUUACCCCGUGGCAGCAGGGCGGGGGCACACAGUGGCAGCCCCAGCAACAGCAGGCCAAAACGGGCCCCCCGCCCAUGCCCCACGCAUCCCCGCAGAACCGCCCCAAUUACAACGUCAGCUUUUCUGGCAUGGGAGGGGCUGCCCCCAAUGCCUCUGGGAAGCUGCCGCAGUCUUUUGGGACCAAGCCCAAAGUAGCAGACGCUAACUUUGAUGACCUGCUGUCUGGACAAGGCUUCGCUGGCGGUAAGGACAAGAGAGGGCCAAAGACAAUAGCGGAGAUGAGAAAGGAGGAGAUGGCCAAGGAGCUGGACCCUGAGAAAAUUAAGAUCCUGGACUGGAUCGAGGGGAAGGAGAGGAACAUCCGCGCCCUGCUGUCCACCAUGCACACGGUCCUAUGGGAGGGGGAGAGCCGGUGGAAGCCCGUGGGCAUGGCCGACCUGGUCACCCCGGACCAGGUCAAGAGGGUGUACCGCAAGGCCGUGCUGGUGGUCCACCCUGACAAAGCCACCGGGGAACCCUAUGAACAAUACGCCAAGAUGAUUUUUAUGGAACUGAAUGAUGCCUGGUCAGAAUUUGAAAGUCAAGGACAAAAACCGUUGUACUGAAACAUGAAAAAUUUACUACUGCACCCCCCCCGCCCCCAUUUUGACUUCCCAAUCAAUCUGAACUGUGGUCCACCGUUCCUUCUCCUACUGUCACCACUGCAAGGACUCUCUCCCAUAGAGGUUUUAAUUUACAAAUUAACUUGUGUAGGUGUGUAAGCAUAAGUCUUGCAUAUAUACCUGGUACACAUACUGUCCACUGAGAGAUGCAGAAAUUGUGUUACAUGUUCAGCAAUCUUUUCAACACUGGCAAGCAAAGAAGAAUGGUGCAGAUGAUCUCUUGAGGUCCACCCACCAUUUUAGCAAGCACCUUCUAAGGGUAGUAUAAUUAUUCAGAACUAAAAUAAACUACAGAAGGGUUGGAUUUGCAGUAGGUCCUUAUUUUAAGGGCAAAUCAGCUGGAAUUUGAUGAAGGUUAGAACUGACUUUCACAUCUGUGCUGCAUUCACAUAAUCCCCACACAAGGAUAUGUUUCUAGCUGCAACUGAAUCUUUCACCCACAUCCAGAUCAUUUGCCUUUUGAUAAGUUGAUACCCCUCUCCUUUUGGUAAUCAACCACUUUUUGAGCUUUUGAAAUAGCUCAGAAAGUACUUACGAAUAGUACACUAACAAUAAAUAAUAAUAAUUUACUGUACUUACAGUAUGUUGCAAAUUUUUCAUAACCACUUCUCAAUGUUCCUAAGUUGUUUAUAGCUCUAGGGUCCUACUGUAAAUUUUACAUCAGGGAAAGGUUGCAAACAGCAUUUGAUGAAUAGUCGUGAUACUACAGGGUUUCCAGGUUGACUGGGUACUGUUAGAUAUUGAGCAAAUCGCCAUGGCAGUUUGUGAAGUUAAUUUCUGGUCAGGAAUAGAGACCUGUGGUAACUUGAAUCUGACAAAGUGUUGUAUAUCAUGCAUUUGAUUUGACAAGGAUUGCCCCCCAUGAGAUGGCCGUCUUGUUUCCUGUACUGUAUGUGUCUUCUGUUCGGUUUACAGAUUUGCCCUGUCAAAUGUGUGAUUGUAUACCUAGUGGAGUUCCUUGUAUCUGAGGUAUCCAUGGUAAUUACAGCAGUUAGCCCCCUGUAGAGUCUGUUUCCACCAUUCCUAUCACAAGUGAAUGAGGACUUUGCAGGUGACACAGGACUCAGCUCACUCGGUACAUUGUGUACUGUACAGCGGAGACUCUGUGUUCCCUACAGCCCGUUUCUCUCGCCACUGCUAAACAAGUCAAUGUGUACAGAAACUAGAUGAAGAGAGAGCUCUUCCCACGGCUUUCCAAAAAACACUACAAAAGUGGUAUGAGAUUUGGCAGGGUGCAGAGAUUAAUCUCAGAAAGACUCAAAUUUGCCUUGUCUUGCUCUUAUUUCUUUCUCCACAAUACCAAUCCUCAGUUUGGAAACAACUCUCAUACUGUGUUCUCCAGAACAUUGUGGCAUUUUUGUGCCAACUUCCAUAUUUGCUUUUAACGGUCACAAUGGGGCUUAUCAUUAUUGAAAAGCGAAGUGUUCUUUUUACGUUUAGCUUCUGUGUAUGUGAUGUAUUAAUGGAAGGCUGCAGAAAAAUCUUGUUUAAUUUAUAGGUUUAAAAUUCAUUCUGAAUACAGUGUUACACUUAGUAACAUUACAUAUAAUAUUACAAAAUCUAAUGUGCAUUCUCAAUAUCAGGCUAAUGAAAGUACAAUUUCAAUACUUUGAUGUAUAUUGGAGAAGUGCAGGUAAAAUUAGCGCCUGCAUCCGAUAGGGUUUGUUGUAAUGUUAAUUUUAAAAUGUUGAUCAUUUCUCUGUUUUAUUAUUUUUUACCUGUUGUGUGUCAUAUUUGUGCAUGGGUUUCCUUAAUUCCCGUGGAAAUAUUAUCCAUUAUUACUGACGGGUACUCCAGUACCCUCCUACAGUCCACAAACGUGGAGUAGGCUAAUUGGAGGCUCUAAAUGUGUGUAAGUGAUUUAUGAGUGGGCCCAGUGAUGGAUGGGUGACCUGUCCAGGGUGCAUUCCUGCCUCUUGCCCACUGCAUGCUGCUGGGAUAGGCUCCAGCCCCCCUACCCCCGACCCCCUUACCGUUACGAGGAAUAAGCAGUGUAGAAAACGGCAUGGAUGGAUAUUGUCUGUUAACUGGGUGCUAUUUAAAAAUGGCUCCGGUACCCCUAUUUUAAAACCCAUGGUUAUUCAUAAAAGUUUUGCAUUGAGGAAAAUACAGCACAAUACCAUUCUGGGAUACAAUGUUAUAUGGAGACACAGUGCUGCCCACUAUGGAGAAGUGGUUCAGUGUGCUACAGGUUUUUUUCCCCUUUACUUUCAUUGACUGCACAAUCACAUAAUGAACAGUAGUCGCAGCUCUGGUAUGUAAGUAAAACAACUAUUGUUUGUGUUUUCUCUGCACUGCUGUUCUCUGGCAAUGUGUGACUAAUACAUUUACUGACAGGAAUCACCCCACGCCAGUAACUGAAGCAUCCUUGGGAGUGUCAGUGCAACCUGGUCAAACCUUUCCUGUGAAAGGGAAGUCAUAUUUUUUAAAUGUUUCUCUUAAUGCUCCGCAGUGACAUUAGCUGAUGUGUGUUGAUUUAUGUUUGUUUUAGCAUACAAUGUUCACCAAGGACAUAUUGUAUAAUUUAUUUUAAAAUCCUAAUAAUAAUUUUAUCUAAAAAAUAUAUAUUUUAUUUAAAAAAUAAUUCUUUGUAGUAUUUACGUUAAAUAAAUAUUGAUUUUUUAAAACCAAACUUGAAAGCAUUCACAACUGCUGACAGAAACUGGGUGGGUGUUCAUGUGCUGAAAGUGCAGUGCCUGUUUUCAUUGCAGGAAAGUUAUUGUCAAUUUGUUAGUGAUAUGUAUUUUGACAACUGGACUGACAAAUAUCAUAAUACAAACUUUGUAACACGUUAUACCUCCUCCCACAUUUCCUUCUUCCUUUUACCUACACAUUUCAAUAUAAAUCUGUACGUAGGCCUCAUAUUCCCAGAAUUUUAAUCACAUUAUGUAAUAACAGUUGGUAUGUGUAAGUCUUAAUGAAUGUCCAGAACAUGCAUAAUUGUUGAUCCAAGAGAGGCUACCAUUUUCCAAAUUUAUCUUGCACAUGUUCUGUGUGCAUGGUUCCAUUGUCAGUGUAAUACAGAUUAAAGCAUAUAUGGCUAUCAUGAUCUUUUUUAUGCUAACACAGCCAUGGGAAUACGAAAGAAUGCUUUAUACUUAAAACCAUUCUGAUACCUGUCUUAGUGCAGUCACUGGUUAUGUGUUAAGUUAUACAAACUUGACAUUUAAAACCAUAACCUGCAAAUGGCUACAUUAGCAGUGUUCCAUUGCAGUUACCUCUGGGGUGUUUUUCAGCCAUUGGAGAAUAGCACUCAUUGCCUUACAGUAUAUGAGAGAAAAGGAUGGCAUAUCUGCUGUGUAAGUUUACUCAGAGGCAUCUCCAGUCCUCUUCAAUUUUACACAAAAUAGAGUAUGGCAGUUCAAAAAUAUCCAUCUUCACCCAUCAUCCAGCUUCCCAGGCAUACUGUAUGGACUACCCGGGUGUUUUAGCAGUACACAUCCUCAAACUGUGACUCACUGAAUCAUGAAAAUCUGGCUUGAGGUGACAUCUGAAAGGAAACUCCCCCUGAAAAGCCUGAAAAGUGAAGAGAUCUGGACUCUAAAACAAUGUUGAAGCUAACCUUCAUACAGUGUACAUGCACCCCUUAAACCGUCAUGAGAAAGUGGUGACUUUUGGAUACAAUUAUGUGUUUGCUUGUCUGCUGUAAAAGUAUUACUGACAUGUUAAUUAUGUUUCUGUGAUGUUGUUUCUGUUGGCCAUUCCAUCCUGUACAUAUAACAUGUGCAAUGCACAAAUAAAUGAAAAUGUUGAAAAGGUG